AUGGUGUAUGAAAAGAGAGUCUCGAAGGCCUUAGUAUUAGAAAACAAUACUUCUGAAGAUGUAGCUAGAGCUAUGAUAGAAAGUGGACUUCAGAAAGAGCCUUUUUAUAUAUUUGAUAUGGACAAGGCUUACCAGUUCAUACAACACUUCAGAAAAAUGAUGCCAAGAAUCAAAAUGUUUUAUGCGGUGAAAUCCAACGAUAGUUGCAUGAUGUUAAAAUUAGCCGCUUCACUUGGUGUUGGCUUUGAUUGUGCUUCACCGGGCGAAAUAUAUAGAAUAUUAAAACUCAAAGUAUCACCACAGAGCAUAAUUUUAGCUGUUCCGACAAAAACACCAGAGUGGAUCUCAUAUGCAAGACAGUCCGGGAUUAAACAUGCUACUUUUGACAACAUUUGUGAACUAAAAAAAAUAAAACAGUAUUGGCCAGAGGCAAACUUAUUACUGCGGAUUAGAGUUCACGGUGACAGUGUCUACGAUUUAGGUAAGAAGUUUGGUUGCGAUUUUGAAACAGAAGCUAUUGAUCUACUAGAAGAAGCUGCACGGUUCAAUAUCCGGGUGGUUGGGGUAGCAUUCCAUGUAGGAAGUGGUUGUACAUCACCAGACAGUUAUGUCAUGGGACUACAACAAGCUAAGCAAUUGUUCGAGCAUGAGGCUAAGGCGGGACGGAAAAUGGAAAUUGUUGAUAUUGGAGGAGGAUAUAUGAGUGAUAAAAUUGAAAGAAUAGAUGAGGUAUCUAAGCUCAUAAAUAAAACUUUGGAUGAACUCUUUCCUGACCCAAAUAUCCAAGUGAUCGCUGAACCAGGACGUUACCUGUGCGAUAAAGCAUUUACUUUAUAUUGCAAUAUUAACACAGUGCGACCGGUAAAAGUUGGUGACUCUUCUAUGAAUAUGUUAUAUUUAAAUGACGGAUUGUUUGGUUGUUUGCGAUAUAAUGAACCAUGGCACACCGUCAAGCGGUAUAAGGAGUGUAAAGAAGGCGAACAAUUGGAACCCGUAAUUUUAUGGGGUCCAACAUGUGACUCAGUAGAUCGUGUGAUGGAGAACGUUGAAGUUAUGUUACCACCUUGUACUACUGAUGAUUGGCUCAUAUUCCCCAACCAAGGAGCUUAUACUAUGACUCUCGCUUCCGAUUUUUCCUCGCUACCAGAACCGCGUAUCCGCAGUGUUAUUUCCCAGCAAUUGUGCGACAAAAUAAAGGAGUCAGAAGUGUUUGAUUCAGAUGACUUCUUCAAACAAGACAUUGCAGAACCACUUCCAUCUAGCUUGCCACCACUUGUCACUCAAUCGAAAGUUAUGGAUUCAAAUUAUACUUUGAAAGCAUAA